AUGGCUACAAGACAUUGAAUUUAUCGUUCGUCCUCGCAAUCAUAUCCUUACCCACGUACGCAUACACUGGUUGUUGUUCCAUCAUCACGCUCAAUUAUGGAGAAUAAUGCCGAAAAAGGGUAUGCUAAAAUGCGACCACCAUUGAAUCGUACCAUACCACCGAUACCAGAAUCGAAAUCCAAUGAUUCAAUUAUGACUCAUACAUCGGAAAAGCGCAUUGAAAAUAAUAAUACUGAAUGCAAACCUUCAACUUCCCGAGCCCUUCGAGAACCAUCAUGUGUUAAAUCCAUAGGAGAGCUUGUUGCAUCAUUUACCGCAAAGGUAUCUUCACAAAAGGUUGAAAGCGAUGGGUCAUUAGUUAUCGAAAAUACAAUGGCGCAUAGUUUGGCAACAAAAACCGCAGUAAUCAUUUCCAAUCAAAACAGGCGAUCAGAAGAUAUGCCACGAAGUCCGCUAAUGAGUGUUGCUCAUUCCGUACGGUCAAAGCUUACAAAACUUGGAAAUCGUUUCAGUCGGACAGAUGGGAAUCAAAAUAUUCGUAUCAGUACCAGCUUAUCAAAUUUGCAAGAUGGUGGCAGCAGGUAA